AUGCAGCAUAUUGUUUAUUUUUUUUUGUUAAAAGAAAACGCCAAAGUUCCUCCGCUGUUUGUUUGUCUUCUUCUCGCAAAGAACACCACAUACCUUCACCCCGCUGCAGCAGCAGCAGCAGCAGCAGCAGCAGCAGCAAAAGGAACAGCAGCAGCAGCAGCAGCAACAGCAGCAGCGGGAACAGCAGCAACAGCAGCAGCAGAAACAGCAGCAACAGCAGCAGCAACAGCAGCAAAAACAGCAGCGCUGCAGCAGCAGCAGCAGCAGCAGCAAGAGGAACAGCAGCAGCAGCAGCAGCAGGAACAGCAACAGCAGCAGGAACACCAGCAGCAGCAGCAGGAACAGCAGCAGCAGCAAAAACAGCAGCAAACGGAGCAGCAGCAGAAGGAGCAGCAGCAGCAGCAGCAGCAGCAGCAGCAGAAGCAGCAGCAGCAGCAGCAGCAACACAAGCAGCAUCAGGAGCUUUAA